AUGGCGGCAGCACACGUCAUUUUCUUUGUGCUGUUGGUUCUUUCUCGCAAUGUCAACGGUCAGAUUUUGCUUAGUGAAGUAUCCCUCCACGCUGCCAAUAACGACUGUUGGACUGCCGUGUACGGGUCGGUCUACGAUGUUAGUGACUACGCUGCAUUGCAUCCGUCACCCAAGGGAGCAGAAGAUAUCUGGGCCAUGUGUGGCAUUGAUGCGACCGACCUGUACGAUGCCGAACACGGCGACAACCCCGAAUAUCUGGAUAUCUUUCCGGGCAUUAUUUUGUUAGGAACUCUAGAUGAAUUCGAAGAGACAGAGCUUUCCGUCAAUGGGAUGUUGCUGAACAACAGCACGAACGUGACCUCCCCAGCAAACGCGAGCAAAUUGGGUUCUUCUGUCUACCGGGAUAGCAAAUCCAAGCUAGAAGACAUGGAAAGGGGAUUUGGCUUUCCAUAG